GAACAAAAUCUAGAAUUUGGUGAGAUAGAUGGUAAGUGCACGUGGUGACGUUGCUUUCUAAAAACAGCCCUUUGUUAUUAGAAAAUAUUUUGUCUUUUCUUUAUGUCAGUUUCUUUUCAUUUGAUACCCUAUUUUCUGUAGAGGAAGAAGACAGUGCACCAUAUCGUAUCGUGGAUCUCCAGACAAAUAUUUCUUGUGACGCCUCAGGCUACACUUUCCUGGAAGCACGAAAACAAGAUGAAGAACAGCCGUAUAUGAAAUUACAACCGAAAUGUAGAAGGGUUCAGAACAAGGUAUGAGAAUGCAAUGCUUAACUCUUCAAUCAAUCUUGGCUUCCUUCUUUUAUCAAUAAAUUAAUCCGUCAUAGUCGCCGCCUGUUUGGUACUAUCAAUUGCACAAUGUCACGCAUUCCAAAAAAAUAAAUUAUAAAAAGAAUACAAACAAUAUUAUAAGAGACACUCGUUCAUUAUUAAGCCCCGCGGUCAAAUGAAGAUGAGAACUAUGAGCUCGCGUAUAACAGCCAAUUCUCAUCUCUCAUCAACUUUGAGCUGGUUCCAAUUUUGGCGAGAGGUUUCGCUACGCGUGGUAGUUAAUUCCCAUCAACACAGGGCCGUAGUAAGCUCUUUUCGAUUGGGGGGCUGAAAGCGAGGGCUGAAAGCGAGGGCCGAAGGCCCGAGGAAAUUUUUAAAUUUAGAGUCUCUGGAAUGCCAUUUCCUGGGGGGAAGUCUUGGGGAAGAUUUGACAGAAUUCUGAUGGUCAGAAAACAGCGUUUUAGUACGUCGAAAUUUACAAUUCAGUACUACUAAAUGGGUGAAGGCGUAUUUAAUUACGUAAAUUAACUAUAUAUUGGAUAAGUUGUAGGAGAGUCUGGGUAAUAUCUUCAUCCUUUGCAGUUUUUCAUCUAUUAAAUGACUGAUAAAGGUCUGCGGCAUGAUUUUGAAAAAAGAAUGAUUAUUAGCAAAUUAUUGGGGGAGGGGCUGCAGCCCACCCAGCCCCCCCCCCCGGUUGCUAUGGCCCUGUCAACAUACAUGGAUGCAUGGCAUGCAACUUUUGUUCUCGUUUGCUCUGGGCUUGUAUGAGUAUCGAGAAAACUCUGAUGCAAACUCUAGUUCUCGUUUGACCAAGGCACCCGAAAGUUGAGAAAGCUCUCAUGCGCGCAAACUCGCGCUUGCCAAUUCCCCUCAAAUCUCGUCCACGUUUGACCAAUUCUUACGAACUUUGAUUCAUUCUAGGAGUGUACAGAGGACGCGAACCAUUCCUUUGAAG